UAAGUUUUACUUAUGUUUCCUCAUACUAUUUAAAUGUUUAAUAGUUGUACGUACAUAAACCUAAAAAUAUUACAUAAACUUUACUCUGAAAAUCUAGUGUUUUGAAACGCAUGCACGACGACGCAUGCGCACAGCACAACAGGCUCCGGCCGUUAGGAUCUCUUCACAGAGCACUGCAAGGUGUAGCGCCAGAAAGUCAUUCCACAGGAAGCAAAUCAGAACAGAACAUUAUUCUCAUAAUUCAGGGUGCCCUUUGGAGGAGCCAGUGGACUUUGUGCAAGGGAGGUGCCGUGGGGAUCAAGAUGAGGCCGCUCCUGGACAGACUGAGUCAGAAACAGAGCAUUGAGAUGAGGCGUGAAACCAUUAUCCGCAGCCUUAUACUGUACCUUGGCGAGAAGGAAGAGGAACUUUUUGAAGACUGCUUGGAGGACAGCCGGAGUGAUGUCAGUAACCACAUCCUCAAAAUACUCGUCGUCCACGGUGCUGAUGAGGAUCCAGUUGAUGUCUCCAUCCUUGUGGAAGGCCAUGAGAUUUUGCCAGGGUGCAACAGUACUGCGAAAGCUUGCUCACUGCUCAUGGGACUGAUUUAUGCCCUGAACUUGGCAUACCCUCUUACUUUGCGCUACACUUUUGAAGUCUUCCAAAAACUCAUGCUGGAGCUGGAUGGAUUCAAACUGUCCCCAAAAGUAAACACCUUGAAGUUGAAGUUGCUUUCCUAA